AUGACGAAAGAACGUCAAUAUUUGGUUGGAGUUGAUGUUGGAGGAACGAACACAGAUUCAGUACUAUUGGAUGUUUCUCAGAUAAACUGCGAUAAUCGUGGGGUUCUUGCCUGGAAUAAAUCUUCUACGACUUCUGAUGUUUCUAAUGGAAUUGAAACUGCUAUCGACAAGCUUUUCGAGUCAGGAGAGUUUUCAAAAAAAGAUGUUGUGUCUGUUACUAUUGGGACUACACACUUUAUCAAUGCUGUUAUUGAAGAAGAUAGUGCUAGGCUUGAUAAAGUAGCUGUUCUUCGUUUAUGCAGUUCCUAUUCUAAGUCAGCUCCUCCGUUCAGUGAAUUUCUGGAAAGUUUGAAAGAAAUAUGUAACGGUUACCACGCAUAUCUUUCUGGAGGUUAUCAGGUUGAUGGGACUGAAAUCAAUUCCUUAUGUGAGGAGGAAAUAAGACAACACUGUAAGCAAAUCAAGGAGCUUGGAAUACUCGCAGUGGCAAUUGUUGGAAUCUUCUCUUGCAUGAAUAACCAACAAGAACUAAAAGUUGCAGAAAUCGUUAGACAUGAACUUCCAGAAGUUAGCUUGGUAUUGUCUCAUGAACUUUCAGGCAUUGGAUUUUUAGAAAGAGAAAACGCUGCUAUAUUAAAUGCCUCUGUAAUGAACUUUGCCAAAAAGAUCAUUUCUUCUUUCAAUCGAGCCAUUAGAGAAGUAAACAUUAACUGUCCUGUCUUACUUACUCAAAACGAUGGUUCUGUUUUGACAUCGAAGGAUGCCUUAAAGACUCCAAUAAGAACUUUUUCUUCCGGAGCCACCAAUUCCAUGCGAGGUGCUGCCUUUCUUUGCUCUUCUGACAACACAACUCAGAACCAAAAUGUGAUGGUUGUUGAUAUCGGGGGAACUACGACUGACGUUGGUAUGUUGCUCUCGUCUGGUUUUCCAAGACAGAGCUCUACGUAUUCAUACGUUGGCGGAGUUCGAACAAAUUUCUCCAUGCCAUGCGUAAGAAGUAUAGGUUUAGGGGGUGGAUCAAUAAUCAGAGAAGAAAAAAACUCUUUAUCAGUAGGACCGGAUUCAGUCGGCUCUGAAAUAUUAGAGAAGUCAAUUUUAUUUGGUGGGAAUACCGUUACGGCUACAGACGCAGCUGUUGCAAUCUCUUUGAAGAAUAAUGAUUUUGAUCAGUUAUCUCAUAUGGGGGAUCCGAGGAGAAUAAGCGGAGUUUUCUCAAUAUCAUUUCUUGAGCUCUAUUCUGAGAAAGUAAAAAAGAUGCUAGAGUCAAUCAUUGACAAAAUGAGAACUUCGCCAGACCCAUUACCCGUUGUUUUAGUUGGAGGAGGGUCGUUUAUUGCUCCAGAAUGUUUAGAAGGUGCUUCUACUGUAAUAAGACCCAAAUUCUAUCAAAUAGCUAAUGCUAUUGGUGCAGCUCUACCUAAGUUAUCUUAUGAAAGUGUCAAAUUUUCUCCUAUUAGUCUUAGUGCUGAAAGGGAUGCAGCGAUAGAGUCUCUCAAAGAAGAGACUGUCGACAAGCUUGUUGCGAAAGGAGCCUUAAGAGAUUCAGUAGUAUUCGUUAAUAUUGCCUCCGAGCCUGUUCCUUAUACAGAUAGAAUUUACAAGUUCCAGGUGAAAGCGGUAGGUGAUGUUGAUUUCAAGAGACUUAAGGAAACUAUGUCUAACUUCGAGUCUAAAUUUGAUGAAUAUGACACUUCAAAUGCAAAUAUUGUGAAAAAUUCCUUAUUUGAAUCUUCAAAGAGUGAGAACGUCGAAGAAGUAUUUGAUCAUUUGAACUAUUCUCCGACUGUAAAUAAGGGCAAGGAGUGGAUUAUUACAGAACCCGAUCUCGAUUAUAUCGUCAUAGGAGCUUACAUAUUAGGUUGUGGUGGCGGUGGGGAUCCUCAUGGAUCAUAUAUUCAAUUGAAAAACAUGGUUCGAAAUGGAACGGUGAUUCGAGUGGUCGAUCCGGAGGAUUUAAGAAAAGAAGUAAAUAAUGAUAAGUAUAAAAUUGUGAAUGUAGCUUUCAGAGGAUCACCAACCGUCACUGGAGAGAAGCUUAGAGGCAAUGAACUUUUAGAAAGUGUAAAACUAUUAUCGAAAUGGGAAGGAUAUGAAAAACCAGACGCAGUAUUUCCUUUAGAAAUAGGUGGUGAUAAUGGUUUGCAGGGAUUGAUAAUUGGUGGCCAUUUGAACAUUCCAGUAUUAGAUACAGAUUUGAUGGGUAGAGCCUAUCCAACAAUGUGGCAGACUUUACCUACUGUUUUCAGCUGCGACUCAAGAGCAUUUUCACAUGCUGCUUCCUGUGACGGGAAUGGCAAUAACUUGCUUAUGACUAGUGCAAAGAAUGAUAUGCAACUUGAAAAUAUCUCCAGAGAUGCUUAUGUUUAUUCUGGGGUGAAUGUGGGCACCACAAAUAACUCUAUGACAAUAGAACAGGUCAAUAGUCGGACCGUGAAAAAUUCUACGUCCUUGGCCUGGAGAAUAGGUAAGGCGGUGAUGAUCGCUCGCUCUCAAUGUGAAAUAGAAGACCUUCCUAAAAGAAUCAUAGAAGCUGUGGGGUCUAGCCAAUCAGCUAAACACUUAUUCACAGGUAAAUUUAUUGAAAUUGAGAGAAAAAUUAUAAGGGGCUACACAUAUGGGGAGGCAGUUUUAGAAAGUGUUGAUGACUCUAAAGUUACUUACAGAAUGCCAUUCAAGAACGAGAAUAUUUUAUGUUAUAAAAAAAAUCAAGAUGAGGAAAAAGUCAUCUGUUCUGUCCCUGAUCUCAUUUGUGUUUGUGAUGCAGACACAGGCGAGGCUGUCGGAACUCAGGACUACAGGUAUGGCUUAAUAGUUUUUGUAAUCGCAAUUUCACCAAGUAAUCUAUGGACGGAUACUCAAAGAGGAAUCGAUCUCGGUGGGCCUAAAGCUUUUGGUUCAGCUUUUGAGUCAAUUGAGUAUAGUCCUAUUGGUAAGUAUUCAGUACCUAGAUCGGUAAUUGAUGAAUAUGCUCCGUAA